CCGGGGCCGGGACCGAGCACUUCCUGCUGCCGGACAGACCUGCCUCGUAUUAUCUGAUUAUUGGACUCUAAUCAGCUAGAGGCCCCUGGCAGGGCAGCGACUUACUGCGGGACAGCCAGACGUUACCAUGAGCGGCUGAGACAACCCGUUCGCUCUGAAUCAGCCGCUCCGCUCCCGCACCAUGUCCGGCACUGGGUACAACACCCAAAAUGGGGGGUCCGGGCCGCCUUACAGCAACGGUCCAGUUCAAAAUCCAUUGAUGUAUUCUCCACCAUUGGCCAGCCAAGGAUACCACUCUCUUCUCCCAGGCUCUUAUCCUCAGCAAAUGCCAGCAAAGACUGCUCAGCAUCCAGGCCAUGGACAGCAAAACUCUAGUGUUCCUCAGACUGUACCACAGUUAGGUGGUCUUCAGACUGUGCAUCAGUUAAGUGGUCCUCAGAAUUUUCCUCAGUUACCAAAUUAUCCUGUUUCUGGGCAGACCAUUAAUAGACCACCAAUGGGACAUACGCCGGUGACGUCUCCACAGCAUACAGGUGCCAGAUCAAGGAUGCCACCUCCACCUCAGAACAGUGCUGGUGAACCAGCGACAGCUGUCAGUAAUGCUUCUCAAGGAAAUGUUCCUCCGCAGUCAAAUUGGCAGUAUUUCCCAACACCCUUAAGCCAUGCCCAGCCCCAGCCUUUUGCAAAUCACAUUUACUCCUCAGCAGGACCUACAUCAGGACAACCAUCUUCACAGUCAAAUUCCGUUCCACCAACUACACAUCAGUAUGCGGCUUCUUUUGGAGGACCUCCUCUUCAGAACAGUUUCAUGAAUCAAGGACCUCCCCCAAUGAGUCAGCCUGGACGGCCAACCCUGGGAGCUCAUCCAACUUCAUCUCCUUCAAGAUCCUUGGCUCCUCCCCCCGGGCCUCCAGGGUCCACUUUACCUCCUCCACCUUUGCAAAGUGCACCACCUAAGCCUGAUGGUAUUUCUGCACCUCCCGGCAGUGACAGUUCAUUACACAACAACUACGAUACAAUAGAGGGUGGCGGAUAUAUGGGUAUGGUGCAUCCAGCUCAGCCUCCUCUUCCUCCUUCCCAAAAUCCCCAAAUCACAAGGAAUGUUGGAAGCGCAUACCCAACAUUACCACCUGGUUACCAGAAUGUAUUUCCAGCAUCGGGUCCUGGACUGGCACCCGCACCCCAGCAAUAUCCUAACCGGCCGCAGCCUAUUACUCAGCCCUCCAUAAAUGAUUUGGCUUCAUCAGUUGGCAGUUUGAGUCUUCAACAAACACAGCAGCUGGAUGGGUUGAGAGCUUUGAAUCUUCUUCAGGAGAGGAAUAUCCUGCCUGCGACACCUCUGAAGGCUCCUAUUCCAUGCCUACAGGAAGAUAUCCAGAAGCUUAACUGUAACCCAGAGCUGUUCCGUUGUACUUUGACUAACAUCCCUCAGACGCAGGCUCUUUUGAACAAAGCCAAACUUCCAUUGGGACUCCUACUGCAUCCAUUCAAAGAUUUGUCUCAACUUCCUGUUGUGACUUCAAGUACAAUUGUCAGGUGUCGCUCUUGCCGGACUUAUAUUAACCCCUUUGUCAGCUUUCUUGACCAAAGACGGUGGAAAUGCAACUUAUGCUACAGAGUAAAUGAUGUACCUGAAGAGUUCAUGUACAAUCCUGUAACUAGAGCCUAUGGUGAGCCCCACAAGAGACCAGAGGUUCAGAAUGCUACAAUUGAAUUUAUGGCACCAUCAGAAUACAUGCUGAGGCCACCACAGCCCCCUGUGUACUUGUUCAUGUUCGAUGUUUCCCACAAUGCAAUAGAAACUGGCUACUUGAACACUGUUUGUCAGACUUUGCUUGACAAUCUAGACUGGCUCCCUGGAAACACAAGAACGAAAAUAGGUUUCAUUACAUUUGACAGCACAAUCCAUUUCUACAGUCUGCAGGAAGGAUUAUCGCAGCCCCAGAUGCUCGUCGUAUCCGAUAUUGAUGAUGUUUUCAUCCCAAUGCCUGAAAAUCUUUUGGUUAAUUUGAAUGAGUGUAAAGAGCUGGUUCAGGAUUUGUUGAAGAACCUCCCACAAAUGUUCACAAAAUCAUCAGAAACACAAAGCGCCUUGGGGCCCGCUCUUCAGGCUGCAUAUAAGCUGACAUCACCAACUGGUGGGCGAAUAUCUGUCUUCCAAACACAGCUUCCCUCUUUGGGAGCAGGUGCUCUAAAACCCAGGGAGGAACCCAACCAAAAAUCCUCUGCAAAGGAAAUCCAUAAUCUUACACCAGCAACUGAUUUCUACAAGAAGUUGGCAUUGGAUUGUUCAGGGCAGCAGAUAGCAGUAGACCUAUUUCUCCUCAGUGGACGAUACUCUGAUUUGGCUUCACUUGGCUGCAUUUCCAGAUAUUCUGCGGGGAGCGUUUACUACUAUCGUGCCUACCAUUAUCAGCAUAAUCCAGUGCAAGUGGAGAAGCUGCAAAAAGAACUGAAGCGAUACCUGACAAGGAAGAUUGGCUUUGAAGCAGUUAUGAGAAUACGAUGUACUAAAGGCCUCUCCAUCCACACAUUUCAUGGGAAUUUCUUUGUACGCUCCACCGACCUGCUUUCUCUACCCAACGUAAACCCUGAUGCAGGAUAUGCAGUGCAGAUGUCUGUGGAAGAAAAUCUGACGGAUACCCCAGUUGUCUCCUUUCAGUCAGCUCUCCUCUACACCUCCAGCAAAGGUGAAAGAAGAAUUCGUGUUCACACAAUGUGCUUGCCUGUUGCUUCUGCACUCUCGGAUAUCUAUGCUGGUGCUGAUGUACAGGCAGUAACAGGACUACUGGCCAACAUGGCUGUUGAUCGCUCCAUUACUUCAAGCUUGAGUGAUGCCCGGGAUGCUUUGGUAAAUGCUGCAAUCGAUUCGCUAUCCGCUUUUCGCAGUUCAGUGCUGACCGUGCAGCAGCCGGGCCUUCUGGCUCCCUAUUCAUUACGGCUGCUACCUAUGUUUGUGUUGGCACUCCUGAAACAGAAGGCAUUUCAGACUGGGACAAACGCGAGCUUGGAUGAAAGAAUUUUUUCCAUGUGUCAAAUUAAGAACCAGCCCCUAUUACACCUCAUGCUAAUGAUCCAUUCCAAUUUAUAUAGAGUCGACAAUCUGACAGAUGAGGGAGCCUUGAACAUUAAUGACAGGACCAUCCCCCAGCCUCCCAUUCUCCAGCUAUCUGUAGAGAAACUAAACCGUGAUGGGGCUUACCUAAUGGAUGCUGGCUCUAUAUUAAUCCUUUGGGUGGGUCGUAACUGUGGACAAAACUUCUUCACUCAAGUCCUUGGAGUUCCUAACUAUGGAUCAAUGCCUUUGGAAAUGAAUCAGCUGCCUGAACUUGAUACGGCUGAAUCUGCCAGAGCAAUAGCUUUUAUCUCCUGGCUCAGAGAACAGAGACCUUUUUUCCCAACAUUACAUAUAAUACGCGAUGAAAGCCCUCUGAAAUCAGCCUUCCUGCAGAACAUGAUCGAAGACCGAACAGAAUCUGCUUUAUCUUACUAUGAGUUCCUCCUGCACCUUCAGCAGCAAGUGAACAAAUAAAGCGCUGCCGAGAGCAGAGAGCGAGACAAUAUCCACAGCAGAACCACACCUCGUGGCCUGCCCAUUCUGUGCAUUACUACAUUUUGGGGCCUCAUGCCAUAAGAUGUGCAUACACUGUGAUUUCAAACCAAUCAGAUCUUCUAGGACAAUACUUGGGGACUGAAAUGCGCAAGCACACAGCAUUUUUAAAUUGGAUUUAAAAAAACAAAACAAAAAAUUUGUGAUGCUUCUUUCUGCCAGAUGAUUGUUAAAAUAACUAUUAAUGAAUCGUUAAUUUUCCACUGCCAGAUGGGUCUUUAGACACUACAUAGGACUCUUCUUGGCACCAAAGCAUCCAUGCGUAUAUUCAGGAGAUGAAACGGAGUUCAAUAACAAUAAAGCCAGAUUUUUCUUCAGAAUAUCUAUAUUUUUUUCUUUCUGUCUGCUUUCCUGUAACUCUUAUUUUGCUGCUAGUUAUUUCUUCUGUAAUGGCAAGAUGUCUAGAGUAAUUAUAUGAAUCGUGUUCCAAAAUAAAAAUGAAACCUUUGUUAAUAAGAUACCGAAUCACUUAGGACCAAAGUGAGUAAAUGGCAGGCUGAGAAGUCAUAUCCUGGCAUAUCCAGGUCUCUGUAAGGGCUGUGCCUAAGGCAAUAGGAUAAAUCUGCAGAUUCUCAAUAUAGAAACAGGCAGAGUGCAGAGAUAAGAAAGCAAAAAGCACCAUGUCUUAAGAAUGUAUGUAAAAAAUGACCAUGUAAAGGGAAAGUAAACUGUCAUGGUUCUUAUUUUGCAAGAGCUUUGAUUCUUUCCACAUUUUUAAACAUGUUUUAGUUGCAGAAAACGGAAAAAUAGUCCUUUUUUGGUAGCAUGCUUCAAUGAUGAAUGAUAGUGUGGAACAUGAAAGUCACCAAAAGUGACAUUUAAAGUUAUAGUAACACGUUACUUGUGUGGAGUUUUAUUUUGUACACAUUGUCUUAAUAAGGAGGGUUGUUGAAUGGGAGCAGGAAGCAAGCAAUUAAUUCCCCUAAAGUGGGAAUGAUCCUUUUUUCUUUUCUAUGCCACCCGCCUUGAUUUAUAAAAAUCAAAAUAUUGCUUGCUUUGCUUUUGAUUUAAAAAGGUUUCCUUCCUUUCCCUCCAGGAAAAAGUCUGCUUGCCUUUGUACACUACAGCUUAUUGUACUAAGCAGGUUUCAAGGCUUCAGUCAAGCUCACAAUGUUAUUCAGUAACAGGCACCAAAAGCAACCCGCAAGAGUCUCUUUAUCACUUUGGUUCUACAUAGGAUUGCACCUUUGACUAUUAGAUACACUGAUCAACCCCAUCAACAGCCGAGAUGCCAUGUAAUGAGUCUCUCUGCCCGUCCCCCUUGUAUGUUUAAUAAGCUGGCACAAUUUUCUACAUUAAUGGCUCUAAUUUAUUGUGAAGUGAACUGAUAGAACAAAAUGUGUGUAAUAACCUUAGAUUUUCUUUGUUUUAAUAAAAAAAGCACCUUUUAUUCUGGGAUUUCAUGUUAAUAAAGUUUUUAAAGAGUUAA